AUGACGCUCAAGGAGGAGUUCCAAACGCGAAACUUCAGCAUCUACGGACAAUGGCUUGGAAUUCUUUCCAUGAUCAUCUGUCUAGCUGUUGGAAUCGCCAACAUCUUUUCGUUUAAUGUAGUUCGCAUUAUCUUCUGCGCCUUUGCUAUCGCAUCGGCCUUUGUCAUUCUUUUCAUCGAGGUCCCUCUUCUUCUCCGAAUCUGCCCAACCUCCGGCAAGUUCGAUGAGACGAUUCGCAAGAUCUCGACCAACUAUAUGCGCGCAGCCGCCUACGGCGUCAUGUCUGCUCUGCAGUUCAUUAGCAAUGUCAGCGGUGCAAGCAGCUUGAUUGCCGCUGCUGUCUUCCUGCUACUGACUGCUCUUUGCUACCUGCUUGCCGGUAUCAAGGGCCAGGCCUUUGUCGGCAGCAAGACCCUCGGUGGUCAGGGUGUCGCGCAGAUGAUUGUGUAG